AAACUCCCCCAUCUCCACCUCAGCUCCCACUGCUUAAAUACAGACAAGGACAGGGCUCUGUCUCCUCAGCCUUGGUCACCACCCAGCUCUGGGACAGCCAAGCUGAAAAUGACUCCCUCCAUCUCAUGGGGUCUAGUGCUUCUGGCAGGCCUGUGUUGCCUGGUCCCCAGCUUUCUGGCUGAGAGUGUCCAGGAGACAGACACUUCCCAGAAGGAUCAGUCCCCAGCCUCUCAUGAGAUCGCUACAAACCUGGGAGACUUCGCCUUCAGCCUAUACAGGGAGCUGGUCCAUCAGUCCAACACUUCCAACAUCUUCUUCUCCCCAGUGAGCAUUGCCACAGCCUUUGCUAUGCUCUCCCUAGGGAGCAAGGGUGACACUCACACGCAGAUUCUAGAGGGCCUGCGCUUCAACCUCACACAAGUAUCAGAGGCUGACAUCCACAAGGCCUUCCAACACCUCCUCCAAACCCUCAACAAGCCAAACAGUGAGCUGCAGCUGAGCUCGGGCAAUGGCCUCUUUGUCGACAAUAAACUGAAGCUGGGAGAGAAGUUUGUGGAAGAGGCCAAGACCCAUUACCACUCAGAAGCCUUCUCCGUCAACUUUGCAGAGUCAGAGGAGGCCAUGAAAGCGAUUAAUGAUUUUGUGGAGAAGGGAACCCAGGGGAAGAUAGUUGAUGCGGUGAAAGACCUGGACAAAGACACAGUUUUCGCCCUGGCGAAUUACAUUUUCUUUAAAGGCAAGUGGAAGAAGCCAUUCGAUCCCGAGCACACUGCAGACGCUGACUUCCACGUGGACGAGUCCACCACGGUGAAGGUGCCCAUGAUGACCCUCACGAGCAUGUUUGACGUGCACUAUUGCACCACGCUGUCCAGCUGGGUGGUGCUGAUGGAUUACCUGGGCAACGCCACUGCUGUCUUCCUCCUGCCCGAUGAUGGCAAGAUGCAGCAUCUGGAGCAAACUCUCAACAAGGAGCUCAUCUCUAAGUUCCUGCUAAGCAGGCGCACAAGGUUAGCCGAGAUCCACUUCCCCAAACUGUCCAUCUCUGGAAGCUAUGACUUGAAGACGCUCAUGAGUCCACUGGGCAUCACCCGGGUCUUCAACAAUGGGGCUGACCUCUCCAGAAUCACAGAGGAGAAUGCUCCCCUGAAGCUCAGCAAGGCUGUGCAUAAGGCUGUGCUGACCAUUGAUGAGCAAGGAACAGAAGCUGCAGGAACCACAGUACUUGGAGCCGUUCCCAUGUCUAUGCCCCCUACCGUGAACUUCAACCACCCUUUCAUUUUCAUAAUAUUUGAAACACACAGUCAGAGCCCCCUCUUUGUGGGAAAAGUGGUGGAUCCCACACGUAAAUGACCACCUUAAGAAGUCACCCUUCCUUCUGAAUUGGGUUCCCUUCCAUUAAACAUAGGCUGCCCUGGCCCGUGCCUGAUGCUACAGCAA